GUUUCAGAAUCUAGCAGAUAAGAAUGGCAAACCGGACAGUGAAGGACGCACACACAGUAAAGGGUACAAACCCUCAGUAUCUCGUGGAAAAGAUUAUCAGAUCCCGUAUUUACGACAGUAAAUACUGGAAGGAGAACUGUUUUGCUUUAACUGCAGAGCUUCUGGUUGACAAGGCAAUGGAACUCAAGUUUAUCGGAGGAGUUUUCGGAGGCAACAUUAAACCCACCCCCUUCCUCUGCCUCAUUCUCAAGAUGCUGCAGAUCCAACCGGAAAAGGACAUCAUCAUCGAGUUCAUCAAGAACGAGGAUUUCAAGUAUGUGCGUGCUCUGGGUGCGUACUAUCUCCGGUUAACCGGAACCUCGCUGGACUGUUACAAGUACCUGGAGCCUUUGUUGAAUGAUUACAGGAAAGUUCGUGUUCAAAGACGAGAUGGUAAUUUCGAGUUGAGUCACAUGGACGAGUUCAUUGACUCAUUGCUCAGAGAGGAGAGAGUUAGCGAUAUCCAGCUUCCCAGGAUACAGAAAAGAGGAAUCCUAGAAGAAGGGAACGAUCUGGAACCCCGAGUCUCCGUUCUUGAAGACGAUCUCCUGGAGGAAGCAAGCAGUGACUCCGAACCCGAACCAGAACCGGAGCCGGAGAAGGACGAGAGAAGGAGAGAUCGAGAUGUUCGACGACGUGAUCGGAGCAGGGACAGAGAACCGAAGAGGGAACGGAGCCGGGAGCGGGAUAGAGGAGAUCGUCAUAGGGAGCGCGAUACUAAGAGGCCCCGGAGCAGGGAGAGAAGAAGACGAUCCCGGAGUAGGGAUAAGAAGAGGAAGGAGAGGAGUAGGAGCAGAGAGCAUAAGAGGGAUCGGGAUGAUAAGAGGAGGGUUAAGGAUGAAAAGAGCUCUGGAGGAGGGGGAGGAGGAGGAGGAGGGAAGGAUGAACUAUCCGUCUCUGAAACCAACAAACUACGAGCCCAGCUUGGACUUCCGCCUCUUAAAUAAAUUUAAGUGUUAUCUUUGUAUUGAAUUCAUUUGUCUUGUUUCAGAA